AUGGGUGCCACUAGUCCCCAGCCCGAGACGGAGGGUGAGCAAGACGCUCCAUCAGUGGUGGAAUCGAUCCAGCCCAAGACCGGUCAGUCGAUCUUUCGGUCAAUCCCAUUUCAGAUCGCCAUCGCCAGCGGUGUGUCCUUUACGGCGCCGGGUAUGUGGGAUGCCCUGAACAAUCUGGGUGCAGGUGGUGCAGCUGAGCCAUAUGCUGUCUCGGCCGCGAAUGCUCUCGUCUACGGUCUCUUUGCGAUUGUGUGUGUGGCAGCGGGUGCUAUCAACAACCGCAUUGGUCUGCGAUAUGGCUUGACGCUCGGUGCUAUCGGUUAUCCCAUCUAUGGUGCUGGUCUUUACACCAACAAUUACUCGGCCAACACGUGGUUUAUGCUGUUUGGUAGUGCCUUGUGUGGUAUUUCGGCGGGUUUCUUCUGGGCAGCCGAGGCGGCCAUUAUCAUCGGAUAUCCUAGCCCUCACGAGCGCGCUUUCUACCUUGCUAUAUGGCAAACUGCCAAAGCGGCUGGUCCUAUCGUCGGAGGUGCAAUCAACUUGGGCAUCAAUGCACACGCCUCAGGCAAAGGAUCUAUCAGCUCCAGCACAUACAUUGUCUUCAUCGUCAUCAUGUGCCUUGGAUUCCCCAUCGCGCUGCUCCUGAGCCCAGCAGAGAAGGUCCAACGCAAGGAUCGCACCCUGGUCAUUGUUCACAAGCAGCCCACCUGGGCCGCCGAGUUCAAGGCGGCCGUCUCUCUGCUAGCCACUCGUCGCAUUCUCCUUCUCCUCCCUUCCUUCUUCAUCAGCUACUUCUACAACGGUUUCUUGAGCACCUGGCUCACGACCUAUUUCUCCGUCCGCGCCCGUGCCUUCUCUUCCUUCUUCACCAACUUUGCCGGCAUCGCCUCCUCCUUCAUCAUCGCGGGCCUCCUCGACCGUCAGGGAAUCCACAUCAAGACCCGCGCCAGGAUCGCCUUCAUCUCCAUCAUCGCCAUCCUCACCGGCACCUGGAUCUGGGCCUCCAUCCUUCAGAACCAAUUCUACAACGCCCCCGAGUCCCCCGUCUUUGACUGGUUCUCCGGCGGUUUCGGCAAAUCCUACGCUCUCGUCUUCUUCUGGACCUUUGGCGGCCAGGCCUUCCAACAAUUCUUGUACUGGCUCAUCGGUCAAUACACCACCGACCUCUCCUCACUAUCCUAUCACUGCGGUAUCCUUCGAGGAUUCGAAGCUCUAGGCCAGACCGUUGCCUGGGCUAUGCAGUCGGAAGGUGGUGCGAACCAUUUCGUCAGCAUUGGUCUCAACUUUGGCAUUACUCUACUUGCUGUCGUUCCUACAUGGAUCGUCUUGUCUGAACUUGAGCACAGUCACGAGGUACAAGUGACGGCUGAGACUUUGGCCGGCAAAACUGCCGAUGAAGACCACGCGGAGACGGAGACAACUGUUUAA